UUCCUUAAAUUCUCAAACGCAUUUCUGAAACUUUCCAGCUGCCUCCUGCACCAUGGAAACCGACUGAGCCUCCUUCCCUACUCGGCUCCAUCUCACUAGAGGGAUCCAGCAGGAAUCCAGCGGCCUCUUCCUCUGAGUUAUGCCGGCAGGAUCUGCUUUCUGGCCACCCUGAUGACAAUAGGAACCACUGGGACGCACAGGACCGCCGGGCAUCCAGGUGGCUUUGCCAGGGACGCUGGAAGAGGCCUGCUGGUCCCGGGGUCCCAGGCCCUGCACACACAGGGGCCCGCAGAGCAGGUGUUCAGCAUUACAGCCAUCAUCACACACCCAGACUACCAGCCGGUGACCCAUGCCAAUGACACCUGCCUGCUUCAGCUGCAUGGUUCUGCUGCCCUGGGCCUAGCCCUGGGACUACUAAGGCAGACUCUGGGGGGGCCCCUGCUGUGCAGAACCCUUGUUUCUUUCUCCGGUCUCUGUGGGAACCCUAGGGCCCCGGAUGUGUACACGCAGCUGUCUGCCUUCGUGUCUGACCACAGCCCCAUGGCACACAAGUGA